AAUAUAUUGUUUCUCUACCUAAAAAAAAGGAUGUGGUCAUGGGUUAAGGACCUGUCACCUGGCCUUGCAUUUUUCGAGAGGGUUAGAGAGGCUGAGCCCAGUGGCUGCCAAGGUGUAAUCCAAUCGAGAGCCAUCCGACUGGUCAAGUGAUAUUGGAUUUCCUGCUCAGUUCUCUGGUAGGGGAGCAGAGAGAAAAUGCAAAGCUGAUGAAUUUGUUAAGCAAAUGGAAAAUGCGGCACGCCGGCAAAUCCCACCAAGUGCAGUUGGCAAGUGUAACAGUAAGUGGACAAACAAUAAACUGGCUAAUUUAUGGUCGCUCAUCAUCCGGAGAUCAUCUGCCAUCCGGCGAACCAGUUGGUUCUGCAAUCUUCAUCGGACCUCACACACUAAUAAAUCCAGUUGCCGCUGAUGACGACACAAAAGCAGCGACGGCGGCAGCGACGUCGGCCGACUGAUUUUUGAUUUAAGAAGAAAAAGAGAAAAAAACAAAUUACAAACGGUCCGCAGAUCUCAUUUAUUUGCCGCACUCCGAGGCGUUCACAACGUUCAAAAGCAGCGCGCUCGAGCUAAGAAAAAAAAAGUAAAAACCAAGCCGAAGCGUCGGCAAAGCAGUGCGAGGAAAACGCAACAAAGUGCAAAUCAGAUAUAUAUCGCUUAUAAAAAGAAUUUAAAUAACUAACCAUAAACGUGAUAGCACGUGUGAUUAACGUUACGCAUAAAUUAAUUUCAAGUAAACAUCUUCGCUUGAAGGACACUCGGGCAAUAAAUUUUACAAUCAGCAAAUAUAAUUAAGGAAAACUCAGCAAUCGACUAAGUUAACCGGCAGCUGCAAUCACAGCCAUUUAAAUAUGUCGCCGCUGCUUCCAUUGGCAUCUCUAAUCAUCUUGGCCAAUUUGGUGGCAGCUCGACCCUAUUCCUAUGGCCCAAGGCCAGCUGUUCCGCCCACGAGACUGGCUAAUCGGAUUCUGGUGCAGUCGCCAUCGCUGGACAAUUUGUACAUGGACUACGUGGUCACAUCGAAGCCGCUGAAUCUUCGCAAAUACAACAAGAAUGGCAGUAAGACGAAAAAAACGAAAAAGGAUUCGAAAAUAUAUUACAUACCCGUACCCCCACUGCCCUUCCGACACAUACCUGGCGUUGGUCUGGACUAUCAGCCGAUGAAAAUCAAUCCCAUACUCCAGGAGGAGGAGAAGACGACCACCACAACGUUGCGUCCGUCGACGACGACAUCUAGGCCCAAUCUGGACCAGUGGAAUCCCAGUAAGGUGCUCCGAGUGCAGCACCAUAAGGAUUACUACUUCAAUGGACGCCCACAUCGACUACAGGUGGCCCAUGCCGGUAAAAAGUCCGGACUGACAGCCCUCAACCUAAAGUCCAAUUUCUACUAUAACAAAAACAUUAUUUAUUAGUACUCUUAGUUAGCAAAUAAUAAAAAACCAAAACAUAAA